AUGGGGAAAGCAUUCUUUAUUAGAAAAAGAAAUAUGAGAAGGGAUAAGCAGAGCGCGGAGACUGCUAGGGGAAUCGAACGAUCAAAUCCGUUGUUGAUCCUUGGUAGUUUCUUUCCUCCUCUUGCUAUCGUAAGCGGUAUUUAGAAAGGCGUCCUUCUUCUCGUAAAAGAUUCUUGACUAUUUUUGGGGACUAGAUGUGCUUUAAGAAAAAGGCUUUUAGGAAAUUAGACAGUGGGGUUUUCAAAUCCCCUCUAUGUGAAUAAUCCCUAAAGACAUUAGAGGAGAAUAGGGAGUUCAUUGCAUUUUAGCGGGACAAUACGAGCAGAGAAUUUGAAACAAUAACAAUUUUGUUUCAGGGAUUACCAACAUUCUUCUUUUAAUUAUGAGCUGAGACUGGAGUGAUAAUAAGUCCUUAUGGCUGGUCUGGAGGAGCUGAAAAAGAGAUUAGAGCCCUUAUUUGAUUCAGAAAAAGGGCCCUCGAAUGGGAUGCCAUUGGAUCCUUGUGACUCAUAUAUGAAUUUGCACGACUAUGUGAUACAGUAAUACACUUGUAAAUGGAUGACACAGAACUGAUUGGCCCACCGUUUCCUCUUACAAAGGUGUCGGAAGGUGGAACAGUCAACUUGUUGAGCAGAUCAUGCGGCGUGUACAAUAUCAAUGAGCUAGGUCUGCAAAAGCGUACAGCUGGGAUAGUAGAUGAAGUGGAAGGAGAAAAGAUGUAUCGUUGUGCUUCUCAUGAUAUGCAUAUUUUUGGAGCCAUAGGUUGUGGAGCAAGCAGUGUAGUUCAGAGAGCAAUAUAUGUACCCAUUCACCGAAUUUUGGCCCUGAAGAAGAUAAAUGUAUUUGAGAAGGAGAAAAGGCAACAACUUCUUAAUGAGAUAAGGACACUUUGUGAGGCAUCUUGCUAUCCGGGUUUAGUUGAAUUCCAUGGAGCAUUUUAUACCCCUGACUCAGGACAAAUUAGCAUUGCCCUGGAAUACAUGGAUGGAGGUUCACUUGCAGAUGUUUUGAGGGUGAAGAAAUGUAUACCAGAGCCAGUUCUCUCGCAUAUGGUUCAGAAAUUGCUGCAAGGGUUAAGCUACUUGCAUGGGACAAGACAUCUAGUACAUAGAGAUAUAAAACCUGCAAAUUUGCUCAUAAAUCUCAAGGGGGAGCCGAAAAUUACUGAUUUUGGAAUAAGUGCGGGUUUAGAUAAUUCAAUGGCGAUGGUAUGUUAUCUGUGUGCUACCUUCGUUGGUACUGUUACUUACAUGUCACCUGAGAGAAUUCGAAAUCAGAACUACUCAUACGCGGCUGACAUUUGGAGCCUUGGAUUAGCCAUAUUUGAAUGUGGUACAGGAAAAUUUCCAUAUACCGCAAACGAAGGACCUGCCAAUCUUAUGUUGCAGAUCUUGUAUGACUCAUCACCUACACCUCCAGAAGACUCGUACUCACCAGAGUUCUGCUCAUUUGUUGAUGCUUGCCUGCAGAAAGAUGCUGAUGCAAGGCCGACAGCUGAGCAGCUUCUAUCACAUCCAUUUAUUAGGAAAUAUGAGAACACCAAUGUGGACUUGGCAGAAUAUGUUCGAAGUGUUUUUGAUCCAACACAGAGGUUAAAGGAAAUAGCAGAUAUGCUAAUUGUCCACUAUUACUUGCUUUUUGACCGAGCUGAUGGGCUUUGGCAUCAUAUUAAAACAUUCUAUAAUGAAGGUUCAACUUUCAGUUUCUCAGGAAAACAGUAUGUUGGACCGAAUGAUAUAUUUGCAAUUCUAUCAGAUAUAAGGAGAAAAUUAGCAGGUGAUCGGCCUCAAGAGAAACUUGUGCAUGUUGUGGAGAAGCUUCAGUGCCGCACACAUGGGAAAGAUGAGGUUGCAAUUCGUGCAUCAGGAUCCUUCGUCAUAGGAAACGACUUUCUUAUAUGCGGAAAUGGAAUGCAAGCAGAAGGAAUGCCCAAUAUGCAAGAACUAUCACUUGAUGUUGCAAGUAGGCGUGUGGGGACUUUUCAUGAGCAGUUCAUAAUGGGUCCAGGAAGUGGUAUCGGAUGCUUCUUCAUAAAAAGGCAGGAGCUGUACAUACGGCAAACAUAGCAACAAACAUUGGAGUGAUACCAUAAGGUGAGAUUUUAACUUGCAGCCCAUUCAGCUAUCUCAAGAAAUGAAGUUCAAUGCUUUACUGAUGAGCCACUUUGUCUAUUUUAACUUGAAACAUGAUGAAUGUUACAGAGGAGCGAGAGGAAAGGCAUAUGAUAAAACCUAAUUUGUAAUGAUAUCUGCAGCAAGUGACUUCAUUUAACUUUGGCACAAGGGGAACAAAUUUGUUUCAAUUAUACAGAUGAGUUUACUGAUUCUCUUUUCAGGGCUGUGAUGUAUCCGUCGUCUGGAAUCCUGCUGAGAAUAAAUAUAUGGCUAUCGU